UCCACUACAAAAUCUACUCAGUAUCACAGUUACACAGUAGCCUCUCUACUCUCUCAGCAGCCUCAGAUGAGUAACCAGCUCUCCGACUCCAACCAGCAACCCCAAGACUCCUCCUCCUCCAUCGACAAGCCCGAGGCCUCCUCCUUCUCCGACGCCAGCGUCACCUACGGGCGUUCUGCUCACUCCGACGAGGAUGUCAUAUUGGCCUCCAGCAGGCCGAAGAAGCGUGCCGGGAGGCGAGUGUUCAAGGAGACUCGCCACCCGGUCUACCGAGGCGUGAGGCGGAGGAACAACAACAAGUGGGUGUGCGAGGUCAGGGAGCCGAACAAGAAGACGAGGAUUUGGCUCGGGACGUACCCGACGGCCGAGAUGGCCGCGCGGGCUCAUGACGUGGCGGCAUUGGCGCUUCGAGGAAAGCAAGCCUGCCUCAAUUUCGCUGACUCCGCGUGGCGCCUGCCGGUUCCGGCUUCCCAAGACCAGCUCGACAUUCGGAGGGCGGCGGCCGAAGCCGCCGAGACAUUCCGGCCUGAAGAGUUCGGCGGCGUCUGCGAAAGCUGUGACGACGAGAACGUUAAGGAGAACAAUGAGAAUGAUGAGCAAGUGACGAUGGACGCCGGAAAUGAGAACGAGGGGUUCUGCCACUUCAACGAGGAUGAAGAAGAUGUCUUCCACAUGCCGAGGUUGCUGACCAGUAUGGCGGAAGGUCUGCUGCUUUCUCCGCCUCGUCAUCACACUGUGAACUGGGCAGCCGAUGAUGACGUGGAAAGCGAGCAAAACUACAGCCUGUGGAGCUUCUCAAUCUGAGUGGAUCCACGUACAACGUUGUGGAAAAACUAGUAGUCAUAAAGGCAACACGUGUCCAGUCGUUAUGGUGGACAGGUGUCCGUAUUGCUUUUAGUAUUGUUUCUUUCAUUCUCUGUCGAAGAGAUUUGAUAUUUCUGCGACGGAUUUUUGUCUUUCCCACUUGGGCGAUAUCAGAAAAUCGUGGGAAGCCAUUAUUGUUGUGUACAAAUUUUUACUAUAUAUGAACAUGAUUUUUUG